AUGGUAUCCAUUAAGAAAUACGGCACUAGUAGUGUUGCUAUGGAGAUCAACUCAAUGGAAACCACGUUUAAGCCUCAGAAAGACAUAAUCAAGUCCUUUGGCUUUAGUUCCAGAGAUACGCGCUGCAACAGUGUGGUGAACAUUCAGAGCAGUGAGGCUCUGUUUGAGGCUGUUGAACAGCAGGACCUGGAUGCCGUGCAGAUCCUGCUGUUCCAGUACACAGCUGAAGAACUGGACCUCAACACUCCCAACAGUGAAGGCCUGACACCUCUGGACAUCUCCAUCAUGACCAACAACGUCCCCAUAGCCAAACUGCUGCUCAAAGCAGGAGGGAAGGAGAGCCCUCACUUUGUCAGUUUAGAGAGCAGAGAUGCCCAUCUCUCAAUGCUGGUGCAGGAAGCUCAAAGGAGAGCCAGCGAGCUGUCCACCCAGGUGAUGAGAGAGAGUCUCAGCCUGGAAACAUCUGACAAGGAAAAACAGCUCAAAGCUUGGGAGUGGAGAUGCAAACUCUACAAGCGAAUGCGCACGGGAUUCGAGCAUGCACGACCACCAGAGGCUCCGUUGAUGGUGCGUCUUAGUGUGACCGGCAGCACAUCUCUCACUGUUAGCUUUCAGGAACCUGCCAGCAUGAAUUCGGCCGUAGUGACCAAAUACAAAGUGGAAUGGAGCUGUUUGAAGGACUUCUCUUUAUUAGUCGGAGAGAUGAUCCUCGAGAAUCUGCAGUCCCUGAAAUGCACAAUAUCAGGUCUUACCACGGGUAGACAAUACAACGUUCAAGUCUCCGCCUACAAUAUGAAAGGCUGGGGUCCGGCACAACUCUCUCAACCUCCCUCUGCAGUUCCCUCCAACUGGAAGGACUGCGAUGGGAGAGAGAGCAGGAGAGGUCACAUUGAGGCUAUGGAGAGGCUUUUACAGCAGGUUCGAGCCACACACCAGCACUUCUGCUGUAGAGACACAUCAAAGUUGCAGAAUCCAAGUCGUAAACAGUCAAUGUCCCGGAGCCUGAAACACCUUUUUCAUUCCUCUACUAAAUUUGUCAAGAGUCUCAAAAGGGGAGUUUAUAUAGCAUCAGUAUUUUACCAUAAGGACAGUCUGCUAGUGACUAAUGAGGAUCAGAUCCCCAUAGUGGAGGUGGACGACUCAUACAGCAGCUCCCUCAUGCAGGACUUUCUGUGGUUCACCAAGCUGUCCUGUAUGUGGGAAGACGUCCGGUGGCUGAGACAGAGCCUGGCCCCUUGGGAUGAGUGGGAAUGGCUGCAGUCACUGUCUGGCCCUGUGGAGGUGGAAACAGCAGAUCAGGCUACAGACUGCCUCCUCUUCUCUGAGCUCCAGACGGCCAUUAAGGGUCUGCUGCACCAGAUCAAUCUACCUCUCCACCAGGCCAAGCACUUCCGUCUCUACACACACGAGGUGUUGGAGCUGGGUCACAAUGUGUCCUUUCUUCUGCUGCUGCCCGCCUCAGACGACGUUUGCUCUGCCCCGGGACAGACCAACCCCUACACACCACACUCGGGGUUCCUCAACCUCCCUCUUCAAAUGUUUGAGCUAGUUCACUUCUGCUCAUAUAAGGAGAAAUUUAUCAGUCUUUACUGCCGGCUGUCCUCAGUGCUGGACCUGGACGCUCUAAUUACCCAGCAGGCUUUUAGAGAGGCCAUUACUGACUCAGAGGUGUCCACAGCCAAACAGAGACACCAGCACAUAUUGGACUACAUUCAGCAAUUGGAUGAGAUGUGGCGAGACGUCCGCUGGAUCACCAAUGCCCUGCAGCACGCCCGCUAUAAACAGCCUCUCGGUUGGGUGCCUAUCACCUGGCUAGUAGAUGUCAGCGUGGAGCCUCCUGUCCAGAAGAAUGACUCCAUGUCCUCUAACACAGACGACGUGCCCACUCCCUCGCCCUCUCCAGAAAUGAGGAGACGAAAGCCCACAAUCGAGUCCCAACCAGGUUCAGAUGAAGAGGGCUGUUCGGAGGUCUUUCUCCCCACAGACAGUGACUACGACUCCAGUGACGCUCUGAGCCCUCGUGACCUGGACUUAGUUUACUCCUCAGCCCAGGAUCUCUCCCAUCAGGCCGUGCACGUCCUCAGCGGUAGCGCUCCUGAUGUUCUUCAGAUGCAUGAUCUCAAAUACAGCGCUUGCUCCAAGUCCAUCCUGGAAACCGAAUCGUGCACUAAGGACAUGGAGGACCUAUCGCUGUCUACAUACUCUGUGAAGACCACAGACAAGCCAUCCCGCUGCAAGUUCCUGGCCGAUCCACCAACGAAACGUAAGCUGCUGUCCAAAAGCCAUCCCCAGAGGAGUUAUUUUGGCGGGCCGCACCGCUGGCUGCGUGUACAGAGCGAGAGUCACACUCCCUCGCUAUCUGAAGGCAUCUACACCAGACAGAGCGAUAUCGACCUGCCGCUGGAGACGCCACUCUCCCUACCGCACUCGCCCACUACCUCCUACAGUUUGGAUGAGUACAGACCGCCCUACAGGGAGUCUAAGCCCAACGUUCGCAGGAUCUUUGUGGAGUCGUGCAGCAAGACGUCACCCUGCAGAGAUGCCCCGCAUUGGGAGGAGGAGGACACGGGAUCGAGAGGAGCUACAGCCAGAGAUGCUGGAUCGGGAUAUGGCACUACAGCAGAAGCUCAGGACGUGGAUUCGGACGAGCAAACAAAUGAACAAGUGUCAGAGAUCCUCAGCAGCACUCUUUAGGAUGAAAUAAUCGUUCCAUCAUGUAGACGUUUGGUUUUAUCACCACUUAAAUUGCCUCUAAGCUCCAGAAAUCCUCUUUCCUCUCCAACCGCAACACUUAGCCUAAUCAAUUCUUGCAUCCUCACUGCAGAGGAUGAAGUUGCUGGUCAACUCUGCGGGACUCAUAAAUCAUGGCUCUGACUGUUACAAUGUUAAAUAUCAAUGCAACAUGAAACAAAGCACUGCUUUUCCUCAGAACAUGAAAUUGCCUCAGCCAAUAGAGCCCAACAGUGAGUGCCCACUUUUUCAGCUGCCUUUGUUCUGAAUGUAUUUUUCCCAUUUAUUUUCACCAUAGGGGUUUCAAAAACGUCUUCAGGCUAAAAGACUUUGAAGUCAUGAACAAAACCCAAACCAGCUCUAUAUUAUAUUUUGGAUUAGAAGCUACAAGCGUAUUUAAACUCUAUCUAUCUAUCUAUCUAUCUAUCUAUCUAUCUAUCUA